AUGCAAUUCCGUUUCCUGGACCUUCCGGCUGAACUGAGACUGAUGGUGUACGCUUGCCUACCAAUCACGACAAAGCAUGCGGUUUUCGACAAUCCAAUCUUCAAGAGAAACAGGCGGUCGACGAUUCGGCUCGUCGUCAAAACCAUGCCGGUACAGAUCCUGAGGACCUGUCGACAAAUCUACCAAGAGGCACACGUACCUCUGACUCAACGCCUCGCAAGCUGCCAACGUCUACAAAUCAUUGUCGACUCACGCAGCAUUUAUGCCUUUACCUGGAUAUCAUCGCCGGGCCCCUUUCGGAUCUCAGGAGGAGGUCUGUUUUCGCUGAUGAUGAGGGCAGAGAUUCAAGUGGCAGGGCCUGGCCGAGAUGCAGAACCUCGUGUUAUGCUGGCAGGCCGUCCGCUAUCUUCAGCAAUCACCUGCCUCCCCUCAGCCAUCUUCAAUGACAGGAUCACUCGGUUCCUCGUCGCGUGCUAUGGGCAUCUACAGCACCGCCGUACUGGAUGCACACCAGAGAUUGCUAUCAAGCUGGACCGUGAGGUGUGUCCCUCCAUGGAGCCCAUUGGGUUCCACGCGGGGCUAUUUGCGGAAACACAGCGUACGGAUCAAACAUAUCGCACCUAUUUUCGAAGGGACAGGGAGAAGGAGGACGACGACGAUGGCACGGAGACAAGGUACGGCUUGCUCCUGGAUGCCUGGAAUGAUGUCUUGCGUGACCAAGGCUGUGAUGACGCGAGGGAGCUUGAUGACGACGAGUGGGAAAGGGAUUGGGAAGAGGGCGAUUUCUAUGGGGUUUGUUAG